AUGCCUUCGCAAUCAUGGGAAAAGACCAAAGGCUAUUCCAAGAAGGGAUUCGACAAGGCUUGGUCUGCUUUUGACAAGCUCGGAGCUCCGGUCAACCGUCUGUCAUAUCGUCUUGGCGCUGAAGCCUUUUGGCCCAUGGAACUAGAAAAGGAAAACGAAAAAGCUGCUCGGAUAUUGCGCAGUUUCUGCAACGAUGGCUUUUACGCAAAUGAUGAUGAACCCGUCAAGGGGUCCAACGGCAAAAUCGAUCGCCCCAAAGGCAAGCAACGGGUUAUUCAAAAGAUCCCCAGCAAAGUGAUCCAGCGCGCAAAGGGCAUCGCCAUCUUCACCACAAUGCGCACUGGUCUGUGGCUGAGUGGUUCGGGUGGUAGUGGUGUCCUCAUGGCGCGCAUACCUGAGACGGGCGAAUGGAGUCCCCCUUCGGGCAUUAUGCUCCAUACCGCCGGCGUGGGUUUCCUGGCCGGUGUCGAUAUUUACGACUGUGUCGUUGUCAUCAAUACUUAUGAAGCUUUGGAAGCGUUCAAGAAAGUGCGCUGCACCCUGGGUGGUGAAGUCAGUGCAUCCGCUGGUCCGGUCGGGGUAGGAGGAGUGUUGGAGUCGGAGAUUCACAAGCGACAGGCUCCCAUCUGGACCUACAUGAAAAGCAGGGGGUUGUAUGCGGGUGUCCAAGUGGAUGGAACUAUCAUCAUCGAGCGUACCGAUGAGAACGAACGGUUCUAUGGCGAGCGCAUCCCCGUUGGCGACAUCCUCGCCGGGAAAGCGCGGAAUCCUCCAGCAUCCAUCAAAGGUCUCAUUCAAACCAUCAAGGCCGCUCAAGGUGACAAAGAUGCAGAUCAGAGUUUGAUUCCUUCCCCCGGUGCGACACCUGGUGAUAUGGAGCUGCACCCGGUUACUGGUCUCUUUGGCAUCCCAGACCCCGAAGACCCAGAUCCAUAUGGAGUCAAAGCCUUGGAAGCUCAGGGUCUUAUGAUUCGGGAGGCAGGUACAAAUAACACCCCAGCCCACGAGUCGUUCCAAUUCAGACCCAGCUCUGGAAGCCCGAUUUUUGCCAACUUCCCGCGACUCAGUCUUGAGAGUUCGCCUCGGACCAGCUGGCGUGCCAGUGGACAGAGCUAUGCCAGUGUGGACCGAGGUACCCAAACCGACGGAGCAACAGCCCCGACUUCCAUCAGCCGUGCAUCCUCCAGGAGCAACAAGAUCUCGGUGGGCCGUACCGACCCCACUCCCAGCCUGUGGGAUGGCGAUGACAACCGCUGGGAUUCAAUUUCGCUUUACGGCCAUGGCCACGAUCAUGACCAGGACCACGUCCACGCCCAAGAUGAUGUCGAUGCCGAUUAUGAAAGCGACAAGGACUCUGUCGACGAUGUGGACCUUGAAGUUCACGAAGUCAGCAGCGCUACCGUCUCCAAACGCGAGAGUUUCGCCAAUAUCUCUCCUGUUUCCGUGGAGGGCCGCCAAUCACCCAAGUUCACUCGUGCACGCGUGGUCAACAUCCCCAAGCGUUCAAGCCCCCCAGCUCUUCCGCCUCGACACCCUCAGCGCACUCACACUUCGGCUCCCGUUUCUCCCAUCACUCCUUCUUCGCCUACCGAUGCUGCAAGCAUCUCUUCCGAAGAGUCCCUGCCUCCCAAGCUCAUCGCCCACAAUGUGGACGGAGACGAGUUCUACACCAUGCCCAGUGCUCACCAAUCCGAAUUCGAGGACAACACCAAGAAAGAGGUAUCUUCAACUACAAAAACAGGAGAUGUUCCCAGUGAAGCCAAGCCAGCCGAACAUAAGAUCAAGGUUCCUUUGGCAGGCCAAACUGUUUGA